UUUACUCUCAGGGUUUCCUUCUCCAACCCAAGCUGAGCUCGCGAGUCAACGUCUUGCGAAAUGUCGACGAAUCUUAAAGGGAAGGCUAUUGCCGUUACGGGCGCCGCGUCGGGAAUCGGCCGAGCGACUGCGAAGAUGCUGGCCGAGAGGGGGGCGAUACUCGCUAUUGCAGACUUGAAUGGAGAAGCGCUUGAAACCGUUGUCUCGGAGCUGAAAUCUAGCGGUGCUGUAGUCACUGGCACCGUGUUGGAUGUCCGCGAUGCAAAGAAGGUGGAGGAAUGGAUCACAGACAUUGUGGAACGAGAUGGGAGACUAGAUGGAGCCGCAAAUCUAGCAGGUGUUAUUGGCCCCUCCACUGGGAUAUCGCUUAUCGAGGACUACCCAUACUCUGAAUUCGAGUUCAUUCUCGACGUCAAUAUGAAGGGGAUAUUUAACUGCUUGCAAAGAGGAGGGGAGGGGCAGAAGCUCGCUUCAAUUGUGAACAUGGCGAGUGUAGCAGGUGCAAUUGGUAUGGCGCGGAACUGUGCGUAUGUAGCGAGUAAACACGCAGUUGUCGGUCUCACUAAAAGUGCGGCGAAGGAGUGUGGUGGGUGUGGGGUGAGGGUUAAUGCUAUUGCGCCCGGAGUGAUCGAUACCCCAAUGGUGCGCGGCCUAGACACCGAAAUCAAAGACAUAAAUAUAGAGCGAACGGUAUCGGUGAUGCCCAUGAAUCGGUUGGGCAAGCCAGAGGAGGUUGCCGAGGUGGUUUGUUGGUUGCUUUGUGAGGGGAGUAGUUUUGUUACAGGGAGUGUGCAUACAGUCGAUGGGGGGUGGAUGGCUUGAAUCUGACGAAGCGGUGAGAAAGUGGGAAAGUGGGGGGGGCUUCUCAAAUCUAAACAUCCAGAGAAUAGAUAGAGGAGAGGGAAGCAGGUGGUUUGCUUGAAUAUGUUCGAGCAACCCCUUGUGAUAGUUGUUUGAGGAAAGCAAUCAUACCAUUCUUCCAGAGGUUAUAACUGCAUUCUAUCUGCUUUGCC